GCCCGGCGCCCGUUCGCGGGGCCCGUUAGUGCCCGGCACCCCGCGCGACCCCUGCCCGGCGCGAGCCCGCCCCCGCCCCUUGACCCAGCCUAGUCCCAACGCCCAGUGCGGCCGCCCCGGGAGCCGCGGGAGCGGCGGCGGCGGGGGGAGGAGGGAGAGGAGGGCCGAGCCGGCGGCCGGGGAGGCCCGGUUUGGAAGCCGCUUCUCUGCCCGAGUUAGGUCUCGCCCAGUCCUAUUUCUUUCUCAGUAUACUUUGUGCGAAUAAGUUUUGGAGCAUUGGUUGACAGCCUAUGGGUGAAAUUUGGCUUUCAUUCAUGAAUGAGGAAUUAUUCUUGAUAGAAGUAUUUUAAAAUAGAAAUCUUUACAAUGGCCUCAGCAGUACUUAGUUCUGUUCCCACUACUGCUUCUCGUUUUGCCCUAUUGCAAGUAGAUAGUGGCAGUGGAUCUGAUUCUGAGCCUGGAAAAGGCAAAGGUCGGAAUACUGGAAAGUCUCAAGCAAGCAAAUCAACUACGAAUGAGAAAAAGAGAGAAAAAAGAAGAAAAAAGAAGGAACAGCAACAGAGUGAAGCAAACGAGCUCAGGAAUCUUGCUUUUAAGAAAAUUCCCCAGAAAUCCUCCCAUGCCAUUUGUAAUGCUCAACAUGAGCUUUCAUUACCAAACCCAGUGCAGAAGGAUUCACGAGAAGAAAAUUGGCAAGAGUGGAGGCAAAGAGAUGAGCAGCUGACAUCUGAAAUGUUUGAAGCAGAUCUUGAGAAGGCAUUGUUGCUAAGUAAAUUAGAAUAUGAAGAACACAAAAAGGAGUAUGAAAAUGCUGAAAAUGCUUUAACUCAGUCAAAGGUUAUGAAUAAAAAAGAUAAAAGAAAGAAUCAUCAGGGAAAAGACAAACCUCUCACAGUAUCACUAAAAGAUUUUCAAUCUGAAGAUCACAUUAGUAAAAAGACUGAGGAAUUGAGUUCUCAGACUUUAUCACAUGAUGGAGGAUUCUUCAAUAGACUGGAAGAUGAUGUUCAUAAAAUUCUUAUUAGAGAAAAAAGAAGAGAACAGCUUACAGAAUAUAAUGGAACAGAUAAUUGCGCAGCUCAUGAACACAACCAGGAAGUAGUUCUGAAAGAUGGAAGAAUUGAAAGACUAAAGUUGGAACUUGAAAGGAAAGAUGCUGAAAUCCAGAAGCUGAAAAAUGUGAUCACUCAAUGGGAGGCAAAGUAUAAAGAAGUAAAGGCCAGAAAUGCACAGUUAUUGAAAAUGCUUCAGGAAGGUGAAAUGAAAGAUAAAGCAGAAAUACUUCUGCAAGUUGAUGAAUCACAAAGUAUCAAGAAUGAGCUAACUAUACAGGUGACUUCACUUCAUGCCGCAUUAGAACAAGAAAGAUCUAAAGUGAAAGUAUUACAAGCAGAACUAGCCAAAUACCAGGGUGGCAGAAAAGGGAAAAGAAACUCUGAAUCCGACCAGUGUAGGUGAUUCCAUUAGCCUUUGAGGUCAACACAAAAAUUAAAACUUUCAGGGUUUUGCAAAAAUGUAUAUAUUUAAUGCUGUGCAACUGCUAAACUAUGCAGUUUUGUUGAAGAAACUUUAAAAUGAUUAGCUCACUAACAGUCUAUAAUUUUAUGUCCUUUUGGCUUAAAGUGAAAAGAAGAAAAAUAGAAUUCCAGCAGAACUCAAUGAUUAUUGUUUACUAUCCAUACUUCUUAUCACUUUAGUUUUUCAUCAGUCAAUAAAAUUAAUUUACUCUUCCAGUAA